GUACCCGACCGGAAGCUAAUUGAGAAACAAGAUGGCUGCGCCGGUCCCUGCUGUUGGACGUCUGGAGGAGGAGGCGCUGCGGCGGAAAGAGCGGCUCAAGGCGCUUAGAGAAAAGACUGGGCGCAAGAAUAAGGAAGAUGAGGAACCAAAAAGUAAACACUUCAAAGAAGAAGAAGAAGGAGGGGAAAAACACAGGGAACUCAAAUUGCGGAACUAUGUACCUGAGGAUGAGGAGCUGAAGAAGAGGAAGGUGCCUCAGGCCAAACCAGCCUCAGUGGAAGAGAAAGUAAAAGACCAGCUGGAAGCAGCAAAGCCUGAGCCUAUUAUUGAGGAAGUGGAUUUGGCCAACCUUGCCCCCAGAAAGCCAGAUUGGGACUUAAAGAGAGAUGUGGCUAAGAAACUGGAAAAGCUAGAGAAGAGGACGCAGAGAGCCAUUGCCGAGCUAAUCCGAGAAAGACUUAGAGGCCAAGAAGAUGACCUGGAAUCUGCAAAGCCAGAAGAGAGUGACUCAGAUUAAAACAGCUUCUCUUCAGCCCUUGGCCACACAUGACAGCAGUGUGGACUGAUCCUUCUAGGCCAGGGACAAAGGCCCACCCUCCAUCUUGGUCCCCAGAGUGACCUCCAUCAUGGGACUCCUUUUAAUGCCCAUCUCAGUGCGUCUUAGAGCGUAUUUUAGAGGUGUGGCUUAAGUAUGUCUGGUCUAUGAUUACUGCAAUCUAAACUAAAAAAAAAAAGCCUUAACAGGA